UAUUUCAUCAGAAUCAGACCUUCCAAGUUCGAAGGGAAAGGUAAACUGGGCAAGAUCACAGUGAUGGAGAUUGUGAUUUCUUUGAUCAUAUUGUUUGUGGGUAUAGCGAUUUUGGUGGUUAUCCAUGUCUGCAUAGUGGGGAGAGUCUUCAGAGGAAACAAUACUGGUGAAGAAGAUACUCAACAGGGGCAGAACAUGAGUGGAAUGAAAAGAAUGUUGGGUGAAGACAACAUUAGCGACCUCAAAAACCUUCCUUGCUUUAUGUACGAGGAGGCAGCAGCAGUAUCAGCAGAGAGAAGAGAGUGCAGCAGUCCUGUCGAUUGUGCUGUUUGCUUGGAGAGUUUCAAGGUUGGUGAUUUGUGCAGGUUGUUGCCCAAUUGCAAUCACACCUUCCAUCUGCACUGUAUAGACUCAUGGAUUCUCCACACACCCAUCUGUCCCAUUUGCAGAACAUGUGUUCUUUCAGUAACAGAACAGCAAAGUUAUGCUUCUGAGAAUGUAGAAAUUGUAACAUCAUAGACCUGUUCAAAAGUGCCUCCUAUUUUGUGUCUGGUGUGUCUGGUUAGGUGAAUUUGUGCCCAAAAUUUCAUCUGAAUAAUGUUCUCGCACACACAGAGACACAUAUUUUCAGUGUUUCAUAUUUUUAGCUCUGAUUGUUAGAUUAACAGAGUAAUUUCAUUGCUGAAUCAUGAACUAUCCCUUUUUUUUAUUCGGUUGGUUUAUAUGAAAUGUUUAUCCUUCCAGACAGAUUUUGAGACCAGAGAACAUGAACUCCAACGAAAUAGUGAAUGUUUCUUUUGUCUUUUUCGGGCUAUCUUAUCAACACAAGUUGCUUUGCCUGUUGUUACUGGUUGUUUCAUUGUAUUUUGGA